UUAUUGCGCUAGUGCUGGAGGCGCGGACACGUCUCAUUCUCCACCUCCUCCUUCAACCUCCAUGUAAAGAGAAAGUAAACAUGUUUCUAGUCUAAAUGAACCGUGAGUCUGUUCAGGAGAGAAGCCGGAGCUCCUGAAUGACCCUGAACCAGGCUCCGACUCCCAGGUAUCACAGAUGAAGCUUCUUCAGCCUCUGCUUCACUCCGGCACUUUGUGCUAAUGUUGAUGAAUCCUGAUUCCAAAUCUCAAGCUGUCGUUUAAACAACAUGGAGUCGCAAAGCGGUCUGAGCGGCAAAUGACCAGCCAGGACGGUGUCAGCGAUGGAGGCCCUGCCGCCAAAAAGUGGAGGAAAUGGUGCAACCGAUGGUCAAGAAAAGGAUUCUCCUGUGUAGGAUGGUCAGAGACAAACCGGAUAAACCAGUUGAACAAAGCCCAAAAGAUAAGUGUGCAGCGGAGACACAGAGUCAACACCCCGAAGAACCUGUCGGCCCCGAACAGAACCCAGAGCACGUCGGACCAGCCUGCCAAGAGUUGAAGGAGAGGCAGCUUGAGUCAGUGCAUUGGAACAACGGAGAUGAAGACCCUGAACCCUGGCUCCAGCUGGUUACCGGAGGCGGCGCUGACUGUUUGCCCACACACCUGCGUCCGUUCAGCAGCCAUGCAGAGUACAAACUGGUGAAAAGCACGUACCUGCAGCUCAGACAAAGUGGCUACUACUGGGGGCCGAUGACCAUGGAGGAGGCGCACGAAAUACUGACACACUCAUUACUGGGCACCUUCCUUAUCAGAGACAGCGGCCAGCCGGACGUCUUCUUCACCCUGAGUUACCAAAGCGAGGACGGCCCGACGAGCGUCCGCGUCCAGCUGAACGACCUCCUCUUCAGUCUGCAAGGCAGCCAGAAGAAGUAUCCGUCCCUGUUCGCUCUGCUCACCUACUACACCAGCUCAUCCUGCAAGCUGACGGUGCCCUAUCGGCGGCAGCGUCCAGAGAGCCUGAGGCAGACGUGCAGGAGGGCGUUUGUUCGUACGUACGGAGCGGAGAAUAUAGGCAGCUUACCUGGACUGAGCCGUCAAGUUAGAAACUAUCUUCACGCGUACCCGCACUGUACAUAGACGCACGUGUGGACCCAGGGCCUGUUGCUGCAUCAAGAUUGUUGUUUGGGUUUUGUACGUUAAAAAAUAAACAUUCUGUAUUUGUGUGUUGGCCCGGCAAUGGGGCACAGUGGUUUGCACCCUCACCUCACAGCAAGAAAAGUAGAGGUUUGAACGACAGUUUGGCCGUCUUGUAUUUUCUCUGUGUGCCAACAUGCGAGGGAGGUGAAAGGGAUCUAGUGGCAGAAAUUGAAUGUAAAAUAAUCCUGGUGAUGUUUUCACGAGUGCGUUUCAUUUUAAUUGUACGAAUUGUUGUUAUCUUUACUCUAGAAUGGGCCCUAUAUAUUUAAAUGCUUUAUAUUAACAUCGAGAGCGGGUCCUCUCAACGGUGCCCGCCAUGCUUUUUUUUUACAGUUGCCCGGACUGGACUGAGUUUUUAUUGACAACUGAAGGCUACCUGGAAGGGGAGGGUGAGGUGAGGGGUAUUCAGCUGCAACAUGCAACUUCACCACUAGAUGUCACUAAAUACUACACACUGAACCUUUAACUGACAAAGCGAAUGGUUGUUUGUAUCUAUAUUGAAGCCGUCGACUUUUUAAGGGGGAAUUGGCCUCAGCCCCCACGACCCUCUAAGGUGUAGAUGAUGUAUAUAUUUGUGUUAUUUAACCUUUUUUGUAAUUAUAAAUAUCAGAAAGGCAGUUUGUUGCAUCUGCAACUUGUUCAAGGGUUCUUUGCACACAUUAUCAAAAUGACACAAGAGUUUACGUGGCACAGUUGAUUAUUUCUUUUAAAAGAUCAUUCUGUCAGAAAUAACCUUUUCAUCGUGUACGUAUAUGGGAAACACUUGUAGCGAAUGCCUCCAUGACACAUUCAGAGCAAUGUAAAUAGUCUAAAUGCACAUCAAAUAGUGUUUUUUUCUGAGAUGGUUUGUAUCAUUUUAGGUAGUGUUCAUUUGUGUGAUCAUUCUAGUUUAGUGAGUUAUUUGAUGUUAUAAUAACAGGGUGAAAUAACAGAGACUGACUCCUGAUUGGUCGAGCAUGUGUGUCGUGAUGCCGCGACUCCAAACCACGAUCACGAUCUGGCUGCAAAGGACAUAAAAAGCAAAAGACAUCCAUGUCCGAGAUAUUUUUGCUUCACUUUUGUACAACUGAAGGAGAAACCACUGGCCCGAAUAUCUGUUAUUGUGAUUAUGAUGAGUAAAACAUGACUUGAAUUCCAAAUGUAUAAAAUCAACUCAUUUGCUUAUACUGUUUUGAAAUAUAUCAUCGGUACAUUA